AUGGAGCAGGAAACUUCAGACUCAAGUGGAGCAGCUGAGUCGGUUGCCAGGGAAGAAAAGGUUGCAGAGAUCCAGAUGGGGCCACGGCUCAGGGAAGCCUGGCCAGCCCGGGGUGCAGGCCAUGGAGCCUGCUGGAGGGUGAGGGUAGCCGGUGGGCAGGCGUGUUCGGAGGCGCUGGGAGCUCAGGGCAUGGCGGGGCCCCUGCGGUGCCGGGUGGAGGAACUGAAGCGGCAGCGGUGGCGGGAGAGCUCACCGCAGGUGCUCCAGCACAGCGAGGCAGCCCGGCUGGCGGCCGAUGCCCUCCUGGAGCGGGGUGAGGCUGCCUACCUGCGGGUCCUCUCCGAGGAGCAGGAGCUGCCCUUCCUGAGCCCUCUGGAUGUGGACUACAUGACCAGCCAUGCGCGCGGGGGAUCUGAGCUAGGCGAGGCCGUGGGGCCAGGGGCUGCCGGGCCUGACCCCCUCAGCCUGCUCUCCGAAGUCACCUCCGGCACUUACUUCCCCCUGGCCUCCGACAUAGACCCCCCGGACCUGGACUUGGGCUGGCCCGAGGUGCCACGGGCCACGGGCUUCAGGCCCACUCAGGCUGUGAUCCACUUCCAGCGGAACAAAGCCAGGAGCAUCAAGGACCUUCUGCGUUUCCUCUUCAGCCAGGCCCGCACGGUGGUGGCUGUGGUAAUGGACAUUUUCACCGACAUGGAGCUUCUGUGUGACCUCAUGGAGGCCUCGGGCUGGCGUGGUGUCCCCGUCUACCUGCUUCUGGCCGAGGAACACCUGAGGCACUUCCUGGAGAUGUGCUACAAGAUGGACCUCAACGGAGGGCACCUACGGAACAUGCGUGUGCGGAGCACGUGUGGGGACACAUACUGCAGCAAGGCAGGCCGCCGCUUCACAGGGCAGGCCCUGGAGAAGUUCGCCAUCAUUGACGGUGAGCAGGUGGUGGCAGGCAGCUACAGCUUCACCUGGCUUUGCAGCCAGGCCCACACGAGCAUGGUGCUGCAGCUGAGGGGCCGCAUCGUGGAAGACUUUGACCGGGAGUUCCGCUGUCUUUAUGCCGAGUCCCGGCCCGUGGAGGGCUUCUGCGGAGGUGAAGAUCCCCUGUCUCCCAGGGCACCGUGCCCUCCCCCAGUGGCCCGGGCCUUCGGGCCCGGCAUCCCCAGCACCACAUCCUUGUCGCACUCCAGCACCAGCCUCAGCAGCAUCAAGUGCUCACCUCGCAUGGGUCACUCCUCCUACCCAGCUCUGCCAAGAGGCGGCGGCUGCAGUGACAUGGCUCUGGGAUCCUCCUCCCCGGGCCCUGCCCGCUGUGAGGCCGAUGGCCAGCCCUCCCUGCAAUGCCAGCUGUUAGACCCUAACCACGGCCCCCUGCUUGGGCCCUACAGGGCCAACCUGAGCAAGCUGGGGGCGUCCCCCUGGUCCCAGUCCUCCCCUGCCCUCAACCCCAAUAGCACCAGCCCUGUGACCCUGGCAGGGGGGUCACCUCUGCUUGCUCACCCUCGCCCCCUCCUCUCCUUUCCCCGGGGUAUCUCAGCUCUGUCCCGGCUCCCAGAGAAUGGGGUCACAGGAAGCCAGGAGCCUAGCCCCCCACGAGGCCCCUGGAUACCUGGCACAGCCCUGGAGGCAGCAGAGGAGAAUAAGGUGUCUCUGAGUCAGAGCCAUGGCCAGCUGGAUCUCCUCGUCCCCUUCCCCAGGGCACGAGAAGCAGGGGACCCUGAUUCUGGGGUGACCCCCAAUUCAGGCUCCCUUCGGCCUAGUGAGCAGGCCCCAGAGGACAGGAGGUUGGCCUCAAAUCAGAGAUACAACCAGCUGGAUCUCCUGCCCCAGGCCCAGGAUGCCAGGGGUCCCCCUGAGUCAGGUUCCCCCAGGCCUGGCAAUCGGACCCCAGAGGACAAGAGGCUGUCCCCAAACCACAGCCACGGCCAACUGGGCCUCCAGGUACAGUCCCCCAAGGCUGGGGGCUCCAGAGUGCCCCCUGAAGUCAACUCCUUGGCCAGGCCUGGCAAGCAGGGUCCAGAUGAACAAUGGCGGACCCUGGGCCACAGCCAGCUGGACCUCAUCAUCAAGUAUCAUCAAUUACAGGGCACCAGGCAGGGACCUGAGCCUGGCCUCCCCGGGGGCCCCACAGGUGGCCAGCGCAAUGGCAGUAGCAAUGGCCUGUCUGGGGAUGAGAAAUGGCUGACCCUGGGCCACAGCAAACUGGACCUCAUUAUUCAGUACAACAAGUCCAAGUCCAAGCUGCUCCGAAGCCGCUUUCAGUUGUAG